GUAUGCGGCUUGGAACUUACAGCAAUGACGUGAAGAAGGCCGCUAUAUUGGUGACCAUUGGCGCGCGCUGUACCUGUUCCUCUUCCUCAUGGCCAAUCAAUCUUUCCAGCAUGGGUCAGUUCGCGGUGUACUUCAUACCUUCGAGCUUAGCAAUGCUUCUUCGGCGUUGUCAAGUCACAAUACAGCGACCAAGCUCUUUCUCUCGGCGGCAAUUCACGUGCUCGAUCUAAAAAACAUUGGUGAAGCUCCAGUCCGACAUGUCCGUAGUGUACGGCUGCUCAGUGAGAACACGAGUGAUGCACAGCUGAAGCAGGAUGCCGAAGAGCUUUGGCCGGGGGCUAUGGCGUUGGGCGCGAAUGAGAUCAUGGAGUUCUCAGAAAGUGUGUGGUACUAUGAAUGAGGGUACGAUGUACGUGCGAUUGUUGAAAGAUUGGACACUUG